AUGGAAAUUCCUUUGAUAUUUUAUUUAACUGGUGUCAGCGUGGUGUUGACGUUUGCCAUAGUGAGCAAUGUGUUGGUAAUCAUAUGCGUGGUUAAGUACCGCCACUUGAGGUCGGUCACAAACGUGCUGAUAAGCAGUCUGGCCGCCUGUGACGUGGUUCUUAGCGGCGCGUUCCUUCCACAGAAGCUGCAUGACGUCAGUCAUCCUGAAAACUAUCACGAAGGCGAGAAAGUCAGCGGUAAGGACGAAAGUCAGUACUCAAACUCUACAGCCAACCUUCUUCUCAUCGUUCUUUCCGCGGUAAGCAGCGCUGCCAAUGCCGUCAUCUACGUCAUAUUCAACUGCGGGCUGAGAGACGCUUUCAGGGCGCUUUGUUGCACAUUCACAGCAAAGUGGCGCAAGAAAAAAUGGCCGUAA